AUGCCGCAACUUGUCUGGCUGGUGACCGGAUGUUCCUCUGGCUUCGGCCUGCAAUUCACUCACUCCAUUCUUGCUCGUGGCGACCUCGUUAUCGCCACAGCUCGCAACCCGGCUUCCAUUCAGCACCUUUCCUCGCUCGACGGUGUCAGCGUCCUACAACUUGACGUCACGUCACCACAGCACGAGAUCGAUGCCACAAUUGCCCAUGCUGUCGCCAUCCACGGCCAUAUCGAUGUGCUGAUCAACAAUGCCGCCCAUGUCCAAUUGGGCGUCUGGGAGGAGCUGGAGUACGAGGACUGGACCCGACAAUUCGAGACCAACGUAUUCGGAACGAUCAAGGUGACCAAGCCUGUGCUAUCGCAUAUGCGGACACGCAACCAAGGCACGUUGGUUUUUGUGUCCAGCUUGAAUGGGUUCGUUGCACAUCCCACGGUCGGUCCUUACUCGGCUAGCAAGCAUGCCUUGGAGGGUGCUGUAGAAUCUCUGUCCCACGAAGUGGCCAUGAUGGGCUCCGGUGUCAAGACGCUGCUCAUUGAGCCCGGCCGCUUCCGCACCGAACUGCUCUCCUCCAGCAACUUGAAGGUCAAGACCGCUGAGUCGACCAAUCCCGAAUACACCAAAUUCUACAAAGAAGUGUUUCCUGCCGUAAGCAAUGAGAGCGGACGGCAGCCGGGCGAUCCGGUGAAACUGGCAUCUAUCGUGUUGGAUCUGGUGCGAAACGAAGGCAUUGCUGAGGGAAAGAAUGUCCCUCUGCGUAUCUUGCUCGGCAACGAUGCAUGGGAGGAAGUUGGAACAAAGCUCAGGAGCACGCUCAAGUCAUUCGAGGAGUGGGAAGGGGUUACCAGGAGCACAGAUUUUGAUGCGUGA